CACCAAGCACAGUGAGAACAGGCUUAAAAAAGUCCCAGCACAGCAUUCACUGCAAGCUGAAUGACAGCAAUGGCUCAUCUGAAGCUUCUUCUUCUUCUUCUUUUGUGGGUUGGCAUCACAGUGAGCACAGGAGUAGAUUUGCACAAAAGGGUCUAUGGAGGUCAAAAGUGUCCAGACACUGAGCGUCUGUAUCACGUGAAACUAAAGGCAACCGAUGGAAAAUACGAAAGUCUCUGUGGUGGCUCACUGAUCCAUGAACGGUGGAUUCUGACUGCAGCUCACUGCUGGGAAAAUAAACCUGGAUGGAAAAUGUAUGCAACUUUAGGAAUUCAUCCACGUCAAUCAUGGAUAAAGUUAUUAGCUGAUCCAUCUUUAAAUAAAAAAAAAAAGGUGGAAGUCACAGGUGGAUCAUUUUUUGUGGGCAUAAAUACAAUUGAUGACAUUAUGCUACUGGAAAUUCCUCCACAACCAGGCAGGAAGAUCGUUGCCUUACCGAACUGUGCAAAUCCUCCCAGAAUAGGAGACGUCGUUCAGGUUGCAGGACUUGGUGGUUAUAGGGUAAAUGCCACCGGCCACACACGCCCUGGCCAACCAUUUAAUCUCCAGUGUGCAAACAUGCAUGUUGUUGACUGUGUUCCUACCACACGCUACGCUAACUGUGGUGCACAUGUGCCAUAUAACAACAGGCUGUGUCUGGAAGAACCUAACGUAGAUAUUCGUGAGGGUGAUUCUGGUGGUGGUGUGAUAUACAACAACAUGAUUUAUGGUGUAAUCAGUUUUAUACCUGUACAUGUCUGUACUGGGCCAGCUGUUACUGUGAAUGUUUGUUCUUACAUGAACUGGAUAAACCAGAAGAUUAAUCCAAAAAGUAAUGGAAAAUAACUGAAUGAAAAUAACAUCCAGAAUAAACAAUCAUCUCUAC